AUGGCGCCCACUCCGAACCUCGUGCACCUCCCCAAUGGCCAGAACUUGACAGUCUUGCCAGUCUUCGGCGGCUUCUUCUUCAAAUCCAAUGAACUCAACCUCCACGGCAGUGUCUUUCCUGCUGGGUGGACAGUCAUCCUCCAGUCCGAGGACUACUCCGACGACCACGAAGCUGAAAGGGAUACAAGAGAUACAGAGCCCAGCGGCAUGCCAAAGGAGAGGAAGCGGCACAUCCAUCCCUUCAAGCGCCCUACACUGCACAAUGAUAACCUCUUCAUCUCCUCAAUCUCGAAUCCCUCGAGCCACGACUUCAAGACCCCGACGAGCCCGACUCGGCAGAUAGCGAUGAUGUUGUGGGCAACUCUGUAUUGGUAUUUCCAUCAGCCUGAGCCUUCACCGUAUCUGACGACCGAUGCAUCGAAGCAUACACCAGAUGCGGGAAAGCCGCGGGGAGAUUGGCGGAUCAACAUCAAAAGAGAGGGUGUGCUUCGAGGACGGAACUUGAUACAAAAGCUGGAAAGAAUGGGAUUGAUCACAUCCGAAGAUUCUUCGGUUGGCACAAAUGUGGAGGAGAACACAGCAGAAGGAUGGUCCGAAAUGUUUAUCUCGAAGAGGACGUUCUGGCAGCUAUCUGCGAAGCUAUUUUUAUUCACUUUGACUCCAACAAAUGGAUCAUCUUUUCCGGGAUCACCUUACGGGAGCAGGCCCAGCUCUCCCGUUCGCGGUGAGCAACAUAGGAACCCUUCUCCAAAUCAGCGAGACUCUGGAGAUCACAGUGCGGCAGCCCAGGGUACAAAUUCAGGGCUUUGGUCACCAUCCACUGCUGGCCCGUUUUCGUCUGGCAGUCAUUUGCCAACAUACUUUCCACCGCCGCCUCUACAAUAUACUAUAACAUCUGGCAUCCGGCACCCGUUGCGCCCGAAACCACCUAGGCAAGGCGAGAUUUUCUAUACUCGUUUUGUUCCUAGUGUGGGACAAUAUCUCUCCUUCCGUUGUGCAUCCCUUUCCUCCAAGCCUGUUGCCUAUAAUGGACCCUCAAGCUCGACUGCAUCACUCAAUGCCCCAAAACAGCACCAGCCAGGAUCAUCAUUAUCAUCUCUACCUACUCAUAUCUCUGUGGCUGCUAUGGCAGACCUCACACCUCCAUCGCCGUUAGCUGAACCCCAACAAGACACUUCCCUGAUGUCUGAUCUCCAACUCUUGAACAAAUGGAUGAAUAUUGACCGAGUUUCUAAAUUCUGGGGAUGCUCCGGCCCGCAAAGCACGCAGGAAAGCUUCCUCCAGAAUAAUUUGACCUCCAAACAUUCGUUCCCAGUGAUUGGUCUUUGGGACGGGAAGCCAUUCGGCUAUUUUGAAAUUUAUUGGGUGAAAGAAGAUGUCCUUGGCAAGCAAUUGGGCAAUGGUGCUGGGGAUCACGAUCGUGGUGCUCAUGUGUUGGUCGGAGAAGAUGAAUUCCGAGGUAAAAAUCGUGUCAAGUGCUGGAUCACAGCUCUUGCGCAUUGGGCUUUCGUUCAAGAUUACAGAACCAAUGCAAUGGUCCUUGAGCCAAGAGUCGAUAAUGAGAGGUUUAUUUCGACUCUCAGCGAAGCGGGAUUCCUCAAAGAAGGAGAGAUCACGUUCCCUCACAAGCAAAGCGCUUUUGUAAAGUUAAGACGGGAAAACUUUGACGGCCCUGAAUUGUGA